AAGAGAUUUUGCCUCUGACAUGUGUGUUAUAUGUAGAACGUUUUGGAACGAAAAUUUUAGCAAGAGUAAAGAAAAUAAAAGUUGCGGGUGAUCUUUAAAACGGAUUUUACCUAACCGCAGUUUGCUAGAAGUGAGGAGAAUAUAUAAGCUGAAAAUCGCUCAGAGAUAUAAUGAAGCUUACAGCUGAUCUGAUUUUGCAGUCAGCACAGUUUACAAAUGCACUCAAAGACAGAGAACUUGAUCUUAGAGGUUACAAGAUUCCAGUCAUUGAAAACCUUGGAGCAACUUUGGACCAGUUUGACACAAUUAAUUUCUCAGAUAAUGAUAUCAAGAAACUUGAAGGAUUUCCCUUAUUAAAGAGAUUGAAAUGUCUCUUGCUGAAUAACAACAGAGUUUGUCGAAUUGGUGAAGGAUUAGAAACAUGUUUACCAAAUUUAGAAACGCUGGUCUUGACCAACAACAGUAUGCAAGAUUUGAGUGAUUUGGAAACAUUAAAAAGUGUCAAAUCAUUGAGAUAUUUAAGUUUGAUGCGUAAUCCUAUACUAAAUAAACCAAACUACAGAUUGUACGUCAUCCACAGUUUGCCUCAACUUAGAGUCCUGGACUUUCAAAGAAUAAAACAACGGGAACGCGAAGCCGCCGCGAGGAUGUUUAGUGGGAAAAAAGGAGAAAAACUCGUGAAUGGUGCAAUGAAAAGCAAGACCAAUAAAUUUGUUCCUGGGGCGCCUCUUGUUAAUCCUCCAGCCCCACCGCCGAAAAAUCCACAACGGAACAACAUUGCUGCAAUCAAGGCUGCCAUCGCUAAUGCUAAAUCCCUGGAAGAAGUGCAAAAACUAGAAAUGAUGUUAAAAACUGGCCACGUACCAGAAACGCAAGAAGCCAUGGCGGUGGACAAAAGUUGAACUAGAAUGGCCCUGGACUAAAGGAAUAAUAAUGCCUCGCGUGAUGAAUGCAUCAUGUAUAUAUCAACUGACAUACAUUGCUUGUGCUCUGUUCACUAACUAUUCGUCAUUGGCGUUGGUCAAAACUAAGAUUUGGGAACUACAUUGCUACAUUUCUAUAUCAUAAUGCGUAUCAUGAACAUUCGCAAGUUGUUUAUAUAAAGUAGUAUUUUGUCACUUUUUGCCAGUCUUUUCGCCGCCAUGUCUAGUUCAUUUGCCUUUAUAUGAUUUAUUUUUCCAAUAUGUAAGUACAUACAGAGGAAAGCGUGGUCGGUGGUGGUAUAUAUAUAGCUAGGGUAUAUAUAGCGUUAUGGAAUGUACAUAACAGUUUCGAUUUCUUAAACUUGGCCAAGUUUUGUGAGA